AUUAAGCGCCGACCUGCCCUCUUUACGACCUCCCGUUAUGGUGGCGAAAUCACGUCCAGCAACGAAGAAAACGACAGCGGAGGUACGGCCAACAAAGAAAGCCCGAAUUGAAGAUUCUGUUUCUAGGAAAAUUAAACAUCGUACUACAAAGACAAGCAACGAGGAACCCACUGUUUCUGUUCAGUACAAAGGGAAACAAAAAGCCGACCAGAAUAUCGUAAAGAAUCUAUCUUCGGCCGUUCUACCCUCAACGUUUAAAAUCGUAGCCGGAUCGUAUGAAAAACUACUUUACGGCCUCGAGGGAUCUACCUCUAUCGAAAACGAUGAGGUGAAAUUCCAUCUGAAGCCGAUAUUUAUCUUUCCUGCGCACGUUUCCUGUAUAAAAGCCGUCGCUGCAUCCCCCGGAGGCAAGUGGUUGGCGACAGGUAGUGCUGAUGAAAUUGUGAAAGUGUGGGAUCUGAAGAGAAAGAAGGAAAUCGGUGGUUUGAUGCAUCAUGAAGGUUCAAUCACCACCCUUCUUUUCCCCUCUCGUUCUCAUCUUGUAUCCGCUUCCGAGGAUGGUACGAUAGGAAUUUUUCAUGCGAGGGAUUGGAGCGUACUUCGUACCCUUCGCGGACACAAGGGUCACGUAAAUAGUGUGGAUGUGCAUCUGAGUGGAAAAGUUGCACUCAGUGUUGGAAAGGAUCGAAUGCUGAGGAUGUGGGAUAUGAUGAGGGGGCGGGGUGUGGCCAGUGUUAAGUUGGGAAAAGAAGGGGAAAUUGUUCGUUGGUCGACUGAUGGGGAGAUGUUUGCAGUUCAGUCCGGGAAGGAAAUAGAUAUCUAUGGGACUGACAUGUCCCUCCUUUAUAGUAUAACACAUCCUUCGAGGCUACAUGAUAUCAAGUUUUGUAAACGCGCUCACCAUGAUGGACAGGUGUUACUUGCAUCGGCAGAGGACAAGAAGGUCUCAAUAUAUGAUUUUCUACCCCUCCCUGGACAACCAACCGCAUCAGACUCUGGCGAUAACAAGGAAAGUAGUCCAAAAAUUGUCGCAGAGUUGGUCGGACAUGGGAACAGGCAAGUUAAAGCUUUACAGACAUUGAACAUCUCCCUCUUAUCUCCCCCUCCUUCGACUCUUCCUACAUCUUCUAUUCGUCGUCAUCCCCAUAGCACCACGAUUAUCUCGACCGUUUCAUCGGAUGGGAAAAUAAAUGUUUAUGAUCUGGGACAUUUACAUGAAUUUAAUGCUGGGAAGAUUUCGAUACAAGAAAUACAACCAGUAGCGACUUAUGAUACUAAGGGUACCCGCUUGACGUGCGUGACGCUCGGCGAAGGCGAAAUUGGGACUGACAAUGUUACUGGGAAGAGGAAUCGAGAUAGACAGGAGGUGGAAGAAGAAGAUGAUGAUGAGAGCGCUGAGGAUGAAGAGUGGGGAGGUGUUGGAGCAGAUGAAGAUGAAGAAGAAGAGGAGGGGGAGGAGGACGAAGAAGAAGAGAGCGAUUGA